AUGACUGUUAAUACGUUGACCGUAAAGAAAGAUGAAAAUUACUUCAGCUUGAGAUACUCGUACCAAUUGCAGAAUGACAAUUCUAACUUAGAAGAACAAUUCAUUAUAGCUGAUAAAAAAUUCAGUGUAAGUUCAACUGUAGCCGCCGAUCUAUAA